CUCCUGAGCCCGAUUCUUCUUGGCCAUCACCUCUCCCCUCUGCUAUGGCGGCUAUCACGGACCUCUCUUUUAUGUACCGCUGGUUCAAGAACUGCAAUCUGGUCCGCAACCUCUCGGACAAGUACGUCUUCAUCACGGGCUGUGACUCGGGAUUUGGGAACCUCCUGGCCAUGCAGCUGGUUGAUCGGGGCAUGCGGGUGCUGGCUUCUUGCUUCACUGAGGAGGGGGCCCAGAAGCUUCAGCAGGAUACCUCCUACCAGCUGCAGACCACCCUAUUGGAUGUCACCAAGACUGAGAGCAUCAAAGCAGCAGCCCAGUGGGUGAGGGACCAAGUGGGCGAGCAAGGCCUCUGAGCCCUGGUGAACAACGCUGGUGUAGGCCUGCCCAGUGGUCCCAAUGAAUGGCUGACCAAGGAGGACUUUGUGAAGGUGGUCAACGUGAACCUGGUGGGACUGAUCGAAGUGACUCUCCAUAUGCUGCCCAUGGUCAAGAAAGCCCGGGGCAGGGUCGUCAACAUGUCCAGCUCUGGUGGCCGUGUGGCUAUCAUUGGUGGCGGCUACUGCGUCUCCAAGUUUGGCGUCGAGGCCUUCUCUGACAGCAUCAGGCGUGAGCUCCACUACUUCGGGGUGAAAGUCAGCAUCAUUGAGCCGGGGAACUACCGGACAUCCAUUCUGGGCAAGAAGAACAUGGAGGGCAUUGAGAAGAGCAUGUGCAAGCUGUGGGAGCGGCUGCCUCAGGAGACCCGCGAGAGCUAUGGAGAGGAGUACUUCCAUACCUAUAAAAAAUUUUCCGAGAGAAUUAAACAAGACUGUAAACCAAGGAUCAGCCAAGUCACCAACAGCAUGGAGCAUGCUAUUGUUUCCCAGAACCCCCGCAUCCGCUACCACCCUGGCCUGGAUGUCAAACUCCUCUACCUCCCCUUGGCUAAAUUUCCCACCCCUGUGACAGAUUUCAUCCUGAGGCGGUACCUUCCAAGGCCAGCAGACAGUGUCUGAGCUGGGGAAGCCUAAGGGGUGGUCAGUGGAGUGUGGAGGAGGGGGGUGGGAGAAGGCACUGUAGGGUCACAUGAGGGGGGUAUCAGAUGUUCUGGGGACACCUUGCUUGGCUGACACCCUAUCUGCUGCUGGUGAAUUUAUGGAUAACUUCUGACAGAAGGUGAAUGCCUCUUCCCACUCACUGGGGCCUCACAGAAACCUGAGGUGGCCUUUACAGGUUCAAAGACCUGCAGCCUGGCCUCAAGAACAUCUGUCAUCCAAUCAGGAUAUGGCUUUUUCUUGACCUGGAGGAGUCAAGGAGAGGAAAACUAGUUCCUGCUGAAUCAUGAGCCUUCCUCAGUUAUCACCACCACUGGGAAAUUUUGUGGGAUAAUGUAGCCCACAGGAGAACCCAACCACUUUCCUCUUGUGUCUCUAAAUAUGCAUUAACCUUAUUCACAUAAACCAUUAUUUGAAGUAUGUAGUAGGACAAACAGGGAGUGCAAGAUUAUAUCACGCAAAAGUUUAUCAUAGUAUUUUCUCUCUCUUUUAUGGAUUUCUGUAUCCAUAGGUGAUUGGGACUCACAUGAAGUAACAUUCAUUUAUUUAAUCACCAUUGAUUAAUUCUUCAAAUAUUUACUGAGUGCCUACUAUAGACGAGGCACUGUGUAGGUGCUGGAAGCAUAUAAAUAUGAUUAAAUCAUGGUCUUGGUUUUUCACUCUUUAUUUUGUGGUUUUGUUUUUGUAUUUUAGCACAAUAUCUAGUAGCAGAGACAGGAUAGCGAUAGAAGAAACAGAAAUCAGAAAAUCAAAUUUUUGGAGUUACGAGGAACACUAGAGGUUAUCUAAUUCAGUAGUUCCCCAACUUGGCUGUAUAUCAUAAUCACCUGGUUAAUUACAAUACAGAUUCCUGGGCCUUGGUGUUAGAAAAUCUGAUUCAUUAGGCUUGGGUGGGGCCCAGAAAUCUGUAUUUGUAUAAAGGACCUAGAUGAUUCUGAUGCAUCUGGGCACUUGGAAACUGCUGAUAGUUCCAUAGGUGUAACUAACGCUCAGAGGAGAAAGUGACUUACAGGAGGUCCCCUAGCGUCAUAGACUUGACAGAGCUCAGGUGUUUAGAUUCCCAGACUAGGAUUUUAGUUACAGGAGAAUAAAUUCCCGAAAUUAGUAACGUUGUCAAAGAAGUCAUGAAAUGAAAUUAUUAUUCUUUAAAAAGCCUUAAACUUCUGAGCCAUAUGAAGUUCUAUUGAAAAGACUUUUGAUCCUGAUGAGUGAUCACGUAAUAAAGGUCAAAUGUGAAUUUUUAAAAUUAAAAUGUCUUUAGUUGGUGUCUCUUCAACAUCCAGCUGAACUUGAAAAUAAUUAAAUGUAACUUAAUCACAUCUGCCGAAGACCCCUUUUCCAAGGAAGGUAACAUUCACAGGUUCUAGGGAUUAGGGUGUGGACGUAUUUUUUGGAGGGUCACCAUACAACCCACUAAGUCUGUUGUUUGCAUCACGUCUAUUCCUGGCACCAAAUUCUCUGUAUCAGGUAGGGUGCAUUGAGCAGCAAGUAACAGAAAAAUCAACUCACAUUGGUUUAAACAACAAAGAAAGAGUUAGGGCAGGACCCCAUAGCUAAAUGAUAACUGCAUCAUCUUUCUGCUUCUUUUCUCUGGCAUCCACAGUUUAGUCUUUACCCUAAAUCCAAUUGCCUUUAUUGUUGUGGCAUGACUGCCAGUGGCAAUGGGAACUCUGUGCUUCCUCAUUCACAACUUAUAAGAAAAGAAAGAGCCUGUCUUUCCACGACGCUAAAGAUUUAGGAAGUUUCUUUCCCAGAGCCCUCACCGAGGCUUUCCUUAAAUCUCAUUGACCCAGGGACUUCCCUGGUGGCACAGUGGUUAAGACUCCUCCUGCCAAUGCAGGGGACAGAGGUUCGAGCCCUGGUCUGGGACAUGCCACGGAGCAACUAAGCCCGUGCACCACAACUGCAGAGCCUGUGCUCUAGAGCCUGUGAGCCACAACUACUGAGCCCUUGUGCCACAACUACUGAAGCCCAUGCGCCUAGAGCCUGUGCUCCGCAACAAGAGAAGCCACCUCAAUGGGAAGCCCGUGCACCCCAACGAAGAGUAGCCCCCGCUCGCUGCAACUAGAGAAAGCCUGCACAUGGCAACGAAGACCCAACGCAGCCAAAAAUAAAUAAAUAAAUAAAUUUAUAUUAAAAAAAAAAUCACAUUGACCCAAAUGAGACCUGGAUGGCUUAGGUUUGUCCAUCUGUGGACCAGUCACUGACAAGGGGGUAAAUUGCCACGAAUUGUUUAGAUUAAUCACGAGACAGAAUGGGAAUGUUGGGGAGACAGUCACAGUGCCUAUUGCCCUGGAAAAUUCAAACCUCGGACUCCAUGCUAUUGAGAAGGUUUAAUCUAGGUCAAAAAUAAAUUUUCUUUGUUGAAGACACAAAAAUUUACUAGGGGGAGUAGCCAUACUACCUAUAGCUAGGUAAUAUUUUGAGAUAUUAAUUUACACAUUUUCAUUGCUCCUUGGUUUCUUAUUUCCCCCUUCCCCACUCAAGUAGGGAGCCAAUUUGGUACUUCUUUACCUAGGGUGAGAUAUCUAAUGGAAUAGAAUAAAUACAUUUCUUGUACUUUCUCCAGAUUUAGUUUCCCCCAACCUUAAUAUCUUUAGAGAAAUUAUAGGAUUUAGGGAAAGAAGCAAAAGGGAAUGUGUCUUGUGGGUUUAUACAAUGUCUCAGAGAAGCAGGGCCUUUCCCCUAAGACUAGGAGAUUCACUCUGGUGAAUUAUGAUGAGGGAAGACCAGGGUUCACUUUUUGGUAGUAUGUUGGGGAAGUGGCAAGACUCAAGAGAGUCCCAGCUGCAUUGUGUGUUUAGGCGCAUGAGACUCUGGGUGACCUCACAGAAGACACAUGUGUCCCACCAUGGCAAGAAGGCAGUAGAGAUUCACCAGAUAUAAAGGGCAUGUAGGGACUUCCCUGGUGGCACAGUGGUUAAGAUCCAUCUGCCAAUGCAGAGGACAAGGGUUCGAUCCCUGGUCCGGGAAGA